AUGGCACAGAGGACGGCUGUGGAGGAGGAUGCGAGGAUUGUGCUACAGCGGCUGGUAGUGAUUGCUCGGCUCCCCCAAGAUCUUGCUGACAGGACAGAACUGGGAGCUCAUUACGAAAAACUCAACUUUCAGCUCAGCAAACAGUAUAUAUUGGAUAAUAUGACGGACCUGCUGUUGAUUUAUCCGUCCUGUCUGCUGCAUAUCAUCAAGUAAUCAUCUAGGGACGUCCUGGUUUCUGUUUUGAAAGACCUCACAGACAUGCAACAACAGCCAGACGGUGCCUUCCUGGAAGCUCCCAAGGUUGUGUUGAUGGCACAUAACCCUCAAAGCAGGCUGUUCCACCAGUGGAGCUACAAGGUGCUCGAGGCAGAUCAGAUGGCCGGAGACUUGAAGAGAUUUGAGGAAGAGGAGGAGAGCACAGAGACUCUGGUUUGCUGCGUCCUGUCAGCGCUGCAGAAACUGAGUGAACACCUUGAAGUAUCUAAGGCUGUUCCUGGGUCAGUGCUGGAUGAGUUGAUCGUCUCUCAGACGGUUCUCAACCAGCUUUUGACUCGAGAAGAGCUCCAGACUCCUCAACAGCACCUGCAGAUGUACAACUCACCGUUAAACAUCAUCAUGAACGCCGCGCCCCCAGCAGGUUAA